AUGCAUUUCAAACUGUCCUUUUGUGAAGCGCAGCCGGGAACUAGUUCUGUACGAUGGUCAGUACUGACGGCAACAGACCCACUGCUACAACACAUUACACAGGAGGUGAAGGAUCGUAUCUGUCUGCGUGCCGUGGAGAAGCUGAUUGGACAGCUGCAGGACUCCAACGACCAACCGGAUCUCGGCGCUACGACACUACAGCCUGUAGACGUCAACACUGAGGAGGCUGCCAACCAACACCUGGAGCAGUCUGCCAAGAGACCCAAGAGAGGUCAGAGGAAAGCCACCACAGCCAGGAAGUCCAGCAGAGCUGCCGAGUCCUCCGAGGAGAGUGAUGGGGAGAAUGUUCCAGACUCGGUGCCGGCACCUCGUCCGUCCCGCCGGGCCAAGACGGCAGCUUUGGACAAAACCAGAAUGGACCUCAGUGCCCUCAUCAACCAGGAGGCCAACACCUCCUAGAGUCCCAGAGGUCAGAUAGGGUAGGGAUGUCAGAGGUCAGAGGUCACGGCAGGCAGAGGGGGGACAGCCUAGUAGAAUCAGUAGAUGUAUCAGUUUAGUUGUUCAGAGGAGUGGACAUGACAUUGGAGAAACACUGUCUGUCUGUCUGUCUCUAACCCUGUUUUAUCUAGAAAGGAAUUGGAUUAAAUAAAACGAUUAAACUUC